GCCGCAAAACACGUUAUCUUCCAUCUCAAUCAUCAAAAGAAUAUGAUGGUGUCAAAUUUUGUGUUGCUUAUUAUUUGUCUGCAAAUCACCCUCAGGGGUGCCGGCUCGCAAGAAAUAGUAAUAGAACAUGGUAUCACUACAAUUACGCCGAAAUGCAAUGAAACAUUCAAGAAGUUAUGCUUGAACACUCCCGACUCAAAGAAUGCUUCCCUAAAAGAGAUAAAGCUCGACUUUCCCAUGUGCAGGCUUCGUUGCUUUUAUGAAGUAAGUCCGGACUAUUGGCGCGGUACGAGUUUGAAUCUUCCUGAUAAUCUGCCGUGCGAAUAUGGAUGGGUAUGCAAGAACGGAAAAUGCGUUCAGGACGUAUGCUAA